CUGAAAAAGAUAUACUGAUAGCUAAAAUGUCUCCAGAAUUCAAAGAAAUGGCAUCCAGCUUAAAACAAUCUCAGAAAAAUGCAGCGAGGACAAGAGUCGUGUCUGCCACGGAGGCUCACAACUUACUCAAUGAAAAGUCCUUGAAAAAAGUGGAGCCCCAGAUCACUGCCAUCCACAACCUUCCCAAGACCAUCUCCCAAACCUCCAAAUAUUCAGUCACCAGGUCAGUGAUCGUGUCCACAUCAUCCAACACUAGGACCAACAGCAGUGUUAUACAGACAACAAAGAUCAGUACGUUGAUUCCAAAGUCCAACUCGGUGACGGCAAAGUCUGGCAUGUACUCCAAGGGGUUUUCCUACCCUGCCUCCAUCAACAACGUGCCAUCAUCCAGGAGCUUUCUUCACACGUCUCUGC